UUUACAACUAAUCUUGUGCUACAAUUAUGGACGAAUUAAAUCCUAACAAUGUUGUGGAAAUGCCGCAGCGAGCCCCAAAGCAGAAGAUGAGGACAGCUAUAGACUCCUCGUCAAGUAAGCCUAGCACUAAUCUUGCUCAUGGAGGUGACAAUCUUACUGUAUCUGCUCAGGAAUUUUGGAAGCAGAGCAACAAGGACAUUGCUCAGCUUGGCUAUGAAGGCAAAUCUUACAAAUCGAACAAGAUUGUUCCUAUAGGAAGUGGAACUUCCUCCUCGGACAAUAUCUCCAGGGCAGGGACUUCAAUGGAGAGACACAACUAUGACAAAGAGAAGGGGCGUGAUCCUAAGGGCAUAGUUGCCGCUCUUGGACAUAAAAAGCUCCAUUCUCUCAGAGAUGAGAUUAAUGACAGUAAUUUUUCAUACUUUUGUUCGACUCAGGACAAGAUUUUGGACAAUAGUAACAGUCAUCCUUCUUUCAGGAUAUAUUUCUCAUUCAUGAAGAGAUUCAUGAUAGUGUUAGCUAUAUGCUGCUUACUUUCUUCUUGUUUGGUGGUCUACAAUUCAACAAGCGAUUGGUACCAAGGGAAAGAUACUAAAUGGAACCUUGACUAUGCUUCAUUGGGGAACAUAGACGGGCUCGAGUACCAAGUAGAAGGAAGCUUCUUGGCGAGUCGCCAAAAGGACAAUGCUGAUAAAGGUUUUGCACUAACUUUUUCGAUAGACAUGCUGACCACGAUCCUCAUGAUCUUGUUCUUUGUUUAUCAGAUUGAUGUUUCGCGUGUUGAGCUACACUCGAAGAAGUCAUUGUAUAGUAUCACUGAUUACUCAGUGAGAGUAACUAGCUUACCAAAGAAGAGCCCAAACAAUCUCGAGAGGGAAAUUAGAAAUCAAUUCAUCCGUUUUGGAAAAAUUCUUGAAGUAGUUUCUUUACGAAAUUAUUCGAAAGCGUUAAGGUACGAACUGGAGAUUCAGAAAAUUUCAGAUAAGAUCCAAGACCUUAAGUCUAUUGACCAGAUUAAGGGUACUAGUAGCCAGAAGAAGAUUGACUCCUUGGUUGCUAAACAGCAGAGGCUGUCAGUAAAGAAAGAUAAUAACUCGGUAGACCCUGCGAGUACUGGCCAUACUAAGGAAUAUAUUGUAGUUUUCGAAUCCACAAAGUCAAAGAAAGAGUGUAUUGAGGCUUAUAGAGGAUACUCUCAUUGGUGGUCAAGACCGAAUUCAAAGAUGCCUGAAGACAUGAGGCUUCAACAAAGCUAUGGCUUCAAGGUGAAAGAUGCUCCUGAGCCUUCUGAGUACAUCCUUGAAAACAGAGCAAGGCAUUGGAUCUGGAAACUCUUAGUGUUUAUCAUGGCUAUUGGAAUCGCCAGUGUUGUUUGUCUCUUUGUAAUCAAUUUCAGAGUGCAUGAUGUUGAUGAUAAGUUUGACGUAAUUCCUUUAUACACAAGGUGCUCUAAGUACGAUUUCAGCCUAGUCACAACUUCUACAUACACAACGACUACAGCCACUGUCCAGCAAGAUGAAAUUUACUGCUACUGUAGGUCUAAAGGGAAAUCUACAGUUGAGAAGGACACAGGUGACCUAAACUCUCUGUGCAAGAAUUGGCUGGACUCUUUUGACGAAUACUACCAUUCAUUUGCAAAGCUGAUCUUCUCGAUGCUGUUUUUGAAUGUCUUCAUAACUUACUUUUUCAAGGUGGUAUUUCAGUCAAAGAUCUUCUGUGUCAGAAAUAAGACCAACAGAUUCUUAUGCACCUCGAUAUGCGUUUUAGUUUUCCAAUUUGUAUUUCUUGGAGCGUUACCGGAGUACUGGAUGGACCAAACCAUUCAUGAUCAGGGUAGAGAGUGGUACCUCAGGGUAGGACCUAUCUAUGCGUACUACUUUGCCUGGAGCCUCCUGUUGUACCCCCUGGAGACAGGUGUAUAUUUACUGGUUUCCUUCAUCUAUAAGAAGUGGAGGUCAAAGAGAGCCGUGCUUCAGAAACAACUGGACAAUGCUAUUGUUGGAAGAGAGUAUGAUUACUCGCAUAAACUAGGAAGAAUACUUGCCCAUGCCUACAUUGCAUUCUAUCAUGGAUCAGGAUUGCCUAUUCUAUAUGUCUUCCUUUUUAUUCAGGUUGGAAUAUUCAUACUGACUGAAAAAUUCUUGCUCCUGAAAUUUUACAAGAAGUUUAAUCACAUUGAGCCAUAUGUGAGACAGUUUAUUAUCCAUACGAUCUUGGCCAUGCUAUUUGUACACAUGUUUAGGGCAAUAGCAAUUUUGGGAUCUCAGGAAAUCUUCCCUGACAAGGUGAAAGAAACAUUAGGGCUCAAGAACGGGACUUUGCUAUUUUUUUAUACAGCAGAUGAUAAAUCCUACAGUGGCAGACUCGCUCUUCCAGCAGGAAUAGCAUAUCUCAUAAUAUCCCUAAUGCUAACUGUUCUAUAUUGCCUGAUCUGGUGGAGCCAUAGGCAGAAUUUUAUCGGAAAGUUAUUCUCAUGGUGUGCUCUUCUCGACAAGCCAGGGCUGAGGGCAGCCAAGCUUUCAUCAAUAAAGCCAAAAAAUCUUGUUUUUUACCCAAAUACCUACCAAUUCCAGGAUAUUUACAAGUACAGGGAGGUUCUUCCCCAAAUUGAGAAGAGAUAUGUCCUCUCUGAAGAUAUCGAAUGUAGGCUUGAAGUGCCAGGCAUGAACAAAUCGGGCAACCUGGAUAGUCACUACGAGUUGAAGAAUAGCCGCAAGAGUUACGAAGAAGGUGACUCCAGACCAGCAGACGUUGCUAUCAAAAGUUCGAAUGUAUUCAACAUAUAUUCUCAGAAGAACUCUUCUCCUGAGUAAGAGGCCUGGGAGACCUGGCUGCUUCUGACAAAGAUGGAUGGAGGCUAAGCUAGGUAUGGAGCUAAUUUAUUUCAUAAAUAUUCUAA